CUGAAAGUUGUCCAACAUUAGGAAAAAGUGCGCCGUCCCCCCGGUCCCCUGUCCUUCAAACCAGCCAACUCUUACAGGGGUUUCUACCUUGCUUUACGUUAUCAUGCACAUCAGCCACGUUACUCAUGUGCUCCUCUUUCUUCUUUGCAUCGGAUUGAGUGCCCAGUCUGAUCUGCAGACGGAUGAAGUGGUUCCUAGGCUGCUGUCCGGUCAGGAGGCGCACCUGUCCUCCGGCCGCUCUGUCCGCCGCGGGCAGCGCUCACUGAACGCCGCGGGGAGAGGACUCUCCGACCCGGACAACAUACUUCUUUCACUGCCUGCAUUCGGAAGGAGCCUGCAUUUAAACCUGACGUGGGACAGUACGUUUGUCUCGGGGGACUUCGUGGUGGAGGAGAGGCUCGGGGACCAGAGCGCCGUGGUCAGCCGCCUAUCAAAGAAGCAUCUCUGCUUCUACUCCGGCUCCGUCAUCAACCACACGGGUUCUGUGGCGUCAGUGAGCACGUGCGGUGGCCUGACUGGGCUCAUCCAGAUCGGGGAGGACAUUCUAUUCAUUCAGCCAGUGGGUGAAAAUGGCCCCUCCCAGUCAUUCUCGGGACUAAAACACCGGCUGCUGCGACACAGACGCUGUACCAAGACCAGCUCUGCUGUACAAGGGAAGAAGAAGGAAAAGAUGUCAAAAGUGGGGGAAGAGGGUCGCGGGAAGAGAAACAUUAUUCACCUGCAGGAAACAUACACUGUGGAGACAGUGGUGGUAGCAGACUCGGACAUGGUGCAGUACCACGGUGCUGAGGCGGCACAGAGGUUCUUGCUGACAGUCAUGAACAUGGUCUGCAACAUGUUCCACCACCAGAGUCUGGGAGUCAGGAUCAACAUUCGUGUCACCAAGCUGGUGAUACUUCACAGCCGCCCAGAAAAGCUAAAGGUGGGCCAUCAUGGAGAAAGGUAUCUGGAGAGCUUCUGUCAUUGGCAGUAUCAAGAAUUUGGCAGGCUGCGCUACCUUGGCACCAACCAUUUCCCUGGUGGAUGGGAAGACAUCCCACCAGUGGACACUGCUGUGCUAGUCACCAGGUAUGUAGCCAGUACUUCCUCUAUCGAAUCUUUACUACUCUUUGACGCAGUGUCUGUAUAUCCAUGUCUUGUCUUUAGCAUGGGAAUGAGCCAUGAUGACGACCAUGCCACCUGCACUGGUCACUCCCACAUCAUGUCUGGUGAAUGGGUUAAAGGAAGAAACCCCAGUGACCUGUCCUGGUCCUCUUGCAGCCGCACCGACUUGGAGAACUUCCUAAGGUCCAAAGCCAGUGCAUGCCUACUGCACACAGACCCCAGGAGCCGUUACCAGAUCCGCCUUCCUCCCAAGCUGCCAGGCAUGCACUACAGUGUGGAUGGACAGUGCCAGAUCCUGUUUGGAACCAAUGCCAGUUUUUGCAGUGAUAUGGAGCACCUGAUGUGCGCUGGCCUGUGGUGUUUAGUGGAGGGAGAUGCAGCCUGCAAGACCAAACUGGAUCCUCCUCUGGAUGGAACAGAGUGUGGUGCAGAUAAAUGGUGCAGGGCAGGCAAGUGUGUGAGUAAGACUCCCAUCCCUCAACAUGUGGAUGGAGACUGGAGUCCAUGGAGCCAGUGGAGCAUGUGCAGCAGGACCUGUGGUACUGGAGUCCAUUUCAGACAGAGGAAAUGUGACAACCCUCCGCCUGGUCCUGGUGGGCGACACUGUCCGAAGGCCAAUGUGGAGCACAAGGCCUGUGAACGUCCUCCAUGUCCCAAGGAGGCAACGAGCUUCAGAGACCUGCAGUGUUUGUCCUACGACCGACACGCCAGCAAGAAGAAGGGCAGCUUGCUGACUGCUAUUAUUAAUGAUGAGAAGCCGUGUGUGUUAUUUUGCAGCCCUGUGGGUCGAGAUGUCCCGGUCCUGAUGGCUGACAGAGUGAUGGAUGGGACGCCCUGUGGACCAUAUGAGGCUGACCUGUGUGUUAACGGAAGGUGUCAGAAAAUUGGCUGUGACGGCAUCAUCGGAACUUCAGCCAAAGAGGACCGCUGUGGUUUAUGUAACGGAGAUGGGCGCUCCUGUAAGAUAGUGAAAGGAAACUUCAGCCACACCAAAGGAAUGGGGUACAUCGAAGCUGUGAUUAUUCCUGCAGGAGCCAGUAGGAUAAAAGUUGUGGAGGACAAACCCUCACACAGCUUUCUAGCUCUGAAAGACUCCAGCAAGAGGUCCAUCAACAGCGACUGGAAGAUCGAGCUUCCAGGAGAGUUUGAGCUGGCUGGAACCACGGUACGCUAUGUUAGAAGGGGACUGUGGGAGAAGAUGUCUGCCAAGGGACCCACUAAGACACCCUUGCACUUGAUGGUGCUGCUCUUUCAUGACCAGAGCUAUGGGAUCCACUAUGAGUACACAGUGUCUCUGAACACAACUCAGCACAGUGACGAGCAUCUCUACAUCUGGACACACAGCAGCUGGCAGGACUGUACUGUCAAAUGUGGAGGAGGUGAGAGGAGGACAGUUGUUUCCUGUAUGAGAAUAGCCAAUAAAACCAUGGAGGUGGUCAACGAUAGCUAUUGUCAUCCUGAGAAUCGACCACUUCCCCAAGUACGACUCUGCAACUCUCACCCCUGCCAGUACUGGUGGUUGACGGGAGAGUGGGGAUCCUGCUCCAUCUCAUGUGGUAAAGGCCUUCAGCAAAGGGAGGUGGUUUGUGUUUACCAUCUACAGAAUGGCUCACUCAUCCACACCAGAGACCCAUAUUGCCAAGGAGGAAAACCUCCUGUCCUGCAGUACUGUGAAGGCCACCUCUGCCUCACUGUAUGGGAGGCUUCAGAGUGGUCCAAGUGUUCAUCAGACUGUGGUCAAGGUGUUCACAAACGGACUGUGUCGUGUACAAACCCUCAGGGUGUAUGUGAUCCUCUUUCCCAGCCCAUUCAAGAGGAGCCCUGUGAGGACCAUUCCAAAUGUUACGAAUGGAAGACUGGAGACUGGUCCAAGUGCUCGUCAUCCUGUGGGAAGGGCCUGCAGUCGCGAGUGGUCCAGUGUAUGCACAAACUGACUGGUCGGCAUGGUAAUGACUGCUCAGUGAUGCUUAGACCACCCACCUACCGACCCUGUCACCAUGGUACCUGCAAUGACAAAGUCAAUGUGAACACCAUCACCUCCCCCAGGCUAGCUGCUCUGACCUACAAAUGCAUGGGGGACCAGUGGACAGUGUACUGUCGUGUGAUCCGAGACAAGAACCUCUGUCAGGACAUGAGGUGGUACCAGCGGUGCUGUGAAACCUGUAGGGACUUUUAUGCCAAGAAAAUGCUGAACAAAAGCUAAUGACCAAAUGCACCCACUUUUCCUCCACAUAACAUUCCUUUUUGUAAAUGUUUUAAUAUUGUUAGAUAUUAAGUAAAAACAAUUAGUGGAAAACAAUUUCUUAAUUGAUGGAACUUUUUGUAUUUCAAAAAGGAAAAGUACAUUUAAAAUGGAACUUUAUGCUCCUCGAUUUGAUGAAGAAAAGAAAAAAACCGGGGCCUUUAAAAUGCCAAUCCAGACGAGUUAUUGCACAUAAUGAUUGAAUGAGUCUUUACAAACAAAAUGUUAUUGCACUUUUGUUCAUAUAGCAGUACUCUUAAAAUAAAAGUGCGCA